UAAGGCUGUCUUGCAGAGGGGUGUUGCCCUCCCAGAGCUACCUGUUCUUUGGUUUUGCCUGCGAAUGUUUAAAAGGGCCGAGCCACCGCUCUGGGCGCAUUCUGAAGACAGACUGGGGCAGAUAAAGAGCCUCGAGAAGAACGGCUGCCUGAUGCUGACUGAUAAGCAUCCUUCGCCUUCCAUUCUUUAGCCUGGAUUAUGAAUGCUUUCGGGCAACAGCCGCCUAACCCACAAACCGCCCCUCUCCAACACCACAACGCACAGGACUUCUUGGACAUGGCAGUUUACUGCGACAACCUCAGCAUGUACCAGCAGAACCUACACCAUCACUCGCAGCGACCCUCGACUCACCCAUCAGGUUACGGACUGAGUGAAUAUUCCUCGCACACAGCCAACCCUUACCUGUGGCUUAACGGCCCCGCAAUCAACUCGUCACCUUAUUUGUCUGGGGCAAAUGGAGCGACUUACAUACCGUCGAGCUAUGGGGCGAACCAGAGACAGUUUCUACCCCCAGCUGGUUUUGGUGGUGCUGAUCUGAGUUGGUUGUCUCUUUCAAGUCAGCAGGAACUGUUUAAGAUGGUCAGACCUCCGUAUUCUUAUUCUGCGCUCAUAGCGAUGGCAAUUCAAAACGCGCAAGACAAGAAAUUAACUCUCAGUCAAAUUUAUCAGUAUGUGGCUGACAACUUUCCCUUUUACAAAAAGAGCAAAGCUGGCUGGCAAAACUCUAUCAGACACAACCUUUCUUUAAAUGACUGUUUUAAGAAAGUGGCGAGAGAUGAAGAUGAUCCUGGUAAAGGAAACUAUUGGACUUUGGACCCUAACUGCGAAAAAAUGUUUGACAACGGCAAUUUCAGAAGAAAGAGGAAAAGAAGAGCGGAUGUAAAUGGCACGAACGCCAACAGGGUGUCCAGCAAGCCCGAUGACAGCCCACUUAAAAGUGCAGACACGUCCAUCCUGAUGGAGCCCUCGCCUCCGGACCUGCAGGGCUCUCCAGGGACCGUAAGAGAUCCCAAGUCAUCCCCGUCCCCAAUUAUGGAGCCCAGCCCUUGCUUCAAUAACUUCGUCUCAAGCAUGACGUCCGUGAUGACUGGAAAUAAUGCCAUCAACAAUAGACAGCUUUCAGGAGGACUUCUUGGCGAUUUGGUGCAGGGGAGAGACACCUUGACUGGACUCAAUUCGACAUAUUCGCCGACUCAUAACACGUUGUAUGUCGAAAAUCCUCACCAGACCAACAACAGACUGGGCUAUUACCACGCCAAUCAAAGUAAUAGUUUGAACGUCUCCUUGUCGAGUCACUUUAGAGUUAACAAUUUGAUUUACAGCCGUGAGGAAACUGAAGUUUAAUACAAUUCUGAAGUAGGACAGUCUUUAUAAAGCUCCGGCUUAUGAUUACUAUUACAACUCUCUUAGCAGAUGACAGAUUUAGGAGACAGUAUGGCGCAUUGUUAACAGCCAUUUAAAGACCGAACAACUGUGAAAGCUGAAAGUGUGAAAAAUUAGAAAGUUCUGCAAUUUAAUUCUGGGCAUUCCAUUCUGGGAACAUUUACACGACUUCCUGGGGGUUUGGGUUCAUCUGAUAUAAAUCAUAACGCUGCUCAGCUGUACAGUGGACUGUAUACUGCCUUAAAAGUUAGCAUUAUAUUGUUAACGUAGUUUUGUGUGAAGAAAAAUGUAUUUAAAUUUU